AUGUCAAAAACCAAGAAUAUUUUGAUUGGAACCUGCGGCAUCGGAGCUGCUGCAAUGUUUUGCUUAAUUAUUGCCAUUGUGCAUAUUAUCAAUGAAAUUCAAACGAUAGAAAAAGAACUUGAUGUCGAGAUUGAGGCAUUCAAGGUAAAAGCAAACGAUCUUUGGAGAGACAUGAUGUCGAUGAAUAUUAGUUAUCGUCAACGCCGUCAAUAUCCCAGUGGUAACAGUUUGGAUGUUACUGGUCAAUCAUCCAAAGAGGGUUCAGAAUUAACCGAAAGACCCAACGAAUAUUUCAGGGCAUCUGAUUCUUAUGGCAACGAAGCACCGUUUAAAGGUGCAGAAGUGUACACGGAAGAAUCAGGUGUGGUGGAUAAGUCAAUUUCAAGAGGUGAAAAUGUUGAUAAGAAAAAUUUGUGUCCAGCGGGACCACCGGGACCACCAGGUCCAGAUGGUAUGGACGGGUUAGAUGGUAUUGAUGGAAUGGAUGCUCCGCAUGGUGCAGAUAUGGAUGAUGUACGAGGACAAUUGCAGUAUUACGAAAGAUGUUUUUAUUGUCCACCUGGCCCAAUAGGUCAGCCAGGACCACCAGGUCGUCCUGGUCCUCGAGGGAUGCGUGGUUCUCGCGGUCGAACGGGUGCAAAUGGCCGCGAUGGUCAACCGGGCCAUCCAGGGCAGAUGGGCGCAGAUGGACCACCUGGACCAGUGGGUGAAGAGGGACCACAAGGAGAACUUGGUAUUGAUUCAGAGCAAAUUGUAGGAGUUCCAGGUCCAAAAGGAGCUCCGGGUCCCAUUGGUCCACCUGGUGAGGUAGGUGAUGUAGGCAAACCUGGUCAACCGGGUCCUGAAGGGCCACCCGGAGAACGUGGACCUGCUGGUGAAAAAGGAGAUGACGGUGAACAGGGUGACCAAGGCGACCCCGGCGAAGAAGGAAUGCCAGGAAGUGACGCGGAAUAUUGUCCAUGUCCCAGCAGAAGCAGAACUGUUAACAAUCAACCAAAUCAGAGUGGUAAAAUAAACCAAGGGUAUUCGUCACCUAGAGAAUACAAAUAA